ACCAGGUUAGAGCAAAGCUGGUGAGCAUCAUUCAGUGCUUCUAAGUGUUUUGUAUGCAACGUGCCUCAAAUCUCCAGCCAAGACCUGACUGCUUGAACAGGAUCCAGCUACGUGGAGGAACUUUGAAGAGGGCAGAUUAGUGGCCUGGAUGACGAUGAUUAGGAUGAUGGUGAUGAGGGCAGCCCUGGGACUUUCCUGCCUGUUCCUGGCCCACUGCAGCAGCCCUCCCGUGGGAAGCGAGUUCACAGGGCCUCCCUCUGCUCCACGGCCCUGUGUGCUCCUGCAGGCCUCCACACCCGACCUCCACCCAGACCUGGGAGUGCUGCCUCCUGGGGGUGUAUCUGAGGGCAGCAGUGGGUGGUUGUGGCGGUCUGCUGGAGCCCAGGGCUCCCUCACCGUGGCUCAGGGCUGUGUGGUGACCCUGUGGGGGGAACAGGGGGGUCACCAGUCCUUCCCCAGUGGAACACAUGUGCCCCUUAAGGGACUGAAAUGGCCCCUUGCUCUCCACUGCAGCUGUGAAGAGGAGGAGGGACAGCCUCGCCGGAAUGAAUCUGCUUACCAGAAAUUCCUCCGCCAACAUUUGGAUCAAAAGCAGCCCAGAGGCAAUGACAAGUACUGCAAUAAAAUGAUGAGCAGCAGGAUAACUAACGUGACCAAGAUGUGCAAGAAGGUCAACACGUUCAUUCACGCCACAAAACAAAAGGUCAAAAAUGUGUGCGAUACGAAGCCCAUCAAAAAGACCAAUAACCACAAGAGCAUGGAGAAAUUCGCUCUGACCAAGUGCACCCUACAGGGGGGACGUGAUCGGCCACCCUGCCGCUACAGAGCCAGCAACUCAAACGACUUCAUCACCAUCGCCUGCAGGAACAACGAGCCUGUUCACCUCGACGGCCAAGGCGAUGAGAAUUAACGGUUUUGUAGCUGCGACUUUCAAGCAACUAAAACAAAACAAGCUAGUUCAAACACAGCAUUGGUGAAAAUGUGGGUUGUUGGUUGCCUUUCUAUGACAGAUGCAUUUGCAAAUUUAA